AUGCCUCCCAAAGCAAACACUGGCGAUCUUCACGUCGAGAAGCUUUUCUCAGUCAAAGACUAUGUGUGCGUAGUGACUGGAGGCGGCUCUGGUAUCGGCCUCAUGGCUGCCCAGGCACUUGCUGCAAACGGCGCAAAAGUAUACAUUACUGGUCGACGCCAAGAGGCCCUCGAGACUGCAGCAAAAUCCCACAGUCCAGACCAAGGCGGUCAAAUCAUACCACUCUCACCUUGCGACGUUACCAAGAAAGACGACUUGGAGCGCAUGUACCAGGAGCUAGCGUCGAAGGAGAAGUACAUUAACCUUCUUGUUGCGGCAGCCGGUAUCUCAGGAGAAAAGGGUAUCCCAGACGCCGACAAUGCCACCGAUAUGAAGAAGAAGCUCUUCGACAACGAGACAUUCGAAGGCUGGGCUGAGACUUACAACACCGAUGUUACCGCCGUUUACUUCACCACGGUCGUUCUUCUACCACUUCUUCAAGCAGGCACCGAGAGCCACGGUCACCUCUCUGCGUCUGUCAUUGUCAUCUCUUCCAUGUCGGGAAUCAUGAAGGAUGCACAAGGCCACUUCAGUUACAACGCUGCCAAGGGCGGCACCGUGCAUCUGAGCAAGCUGAUGUCGGCCGAGUUCCAACAGCUUCGUAUUCGCGUGAACAGCAUUGCCCCUGGUUACUUCCCAUCAGAGAUGACGGCGAAGGAGAGCGACGAGAACCAGAAGAGCGACCUGCCCGACGAGAAGAUCCAAGAGAAGGGUCACGUCCCACAUGGACGGGCGGGAAGCGACGCGGAGAUGGCACAGGCCGUCAUCUUCCUCACCAAGAACUCGUACGUCAACGGCCAGAUUCUUGCGGUAGAUGGUGGUGUGCUCAAUGUUGUGAGCUCUUAG